CAAUUCAAGGCGUGAAGCUCAUCGCAUAGCAGCAGCCAAAUACCGGUACCAUCCUGUUGUGAUAGCUUCAAUUGCCCAUCGCUCAACGCUUCUGACAGGAAUUGGAAAGGUCGCUGCCAUUCUUGCAGUCCAGAGCAAUCGCAAGAAAUGGCCUCCUUUCCGGCCGCUGCGCGGUCUAGCACCAGACUUGCCCUCAAUUUCACUCAGCGAAGGUCCAUUGCCGACGUAACCAUCACACGUACCGGCAAGCCCAUUCUACGACAGCAGGGUGGCCGACACUCGCUCGGAGGCCACACUGCCACCGUAUUUGGCGCAACCGGUCAAUUGGGCCGAUACAUCGUCAACAGGCUAGCCCGUCAAGGAUGCCACGUCGUCAUUCCCUUCAGGGACGAGAUGGCCAAGCGCCAUCUCAAGGUCACCGGUGACUUGGGCCGAGUCAACUUCGUCGAGUACGACCUCUACAACACGGAGUCCAUCGAGGCCAGCGUCCGGCACUCCGACGUCGUCUACAACCUCAUCGGCAGAACAUACCCCACCAAGAACUACAGUCUUGACGACGUCCACGUGCAGGGCACCGAGCGCAUCGUCGACGCCGUCGCCAAGUACGAUGUCGACCGUUACAUCCACGUCUCCUCCUACAACGCCAACCCCGACUCCCCCUCGGAAUUCUUUGCCACCAAGGGCAAGAGCGAGCAGGUCGCACGGAGCAUCUUCCCCGAGACCACCAUUGUCAGGCCAGCACCCAUCUUCGGCUUCGAGGACAACCUCCUGAUCCGCCUGGCGACCCCAGCCAACCUCUUCACUUCCAACAACAUGCAGGAGAGGUACUCGCCAGUACACUCCAUCGACCUCGGUAAGGCUCUUGAGCAGAUGCUCUACGACGACACCACCGCCGGGCAGACGUAUGAGCUCUACGGCCCCACCGAGUACUCGACAGAGGAGAUCGCCGAGCUUGUGGACCGCGAGAUCUUCAAGAAGCGCAGACACAUCAACGUCCCCAAGGCCAUCCUGAAGCCCGUCGCACAGCUCCUGAACAAGGUUAUCUGGUGGCCCAUCCUCAACGCCGAGGCCAUCGAGAUGGAGUUCAUCGACCAGGAGAUUGACCAGACUGCCAAGACCUUCAAGGACCUCGGCAUCACCCCUGGCGACAUCAAGGACUUUACUUACCACUACCUUCAAGGAUACCGGAGCUCCUCAUUCUACGAUCUCCCCCCGGCCACAGAAAAGGAGAAGAGGGAAGACAGAAAGUACAUUCAUGUUACGGAUGAGCUGUAGAUUAACCUUCACAGGGGCAAAAGAGAGAAACUCAUGUGUUUGUACAUAUACACCUAGACUUACGGUUUCCUUGCUUUAAUAACCAGUGAAAAGUGCAUUCGA